UAACGCUAUUUGACCCCAAUUACCCCAUAGAACUACAUACGGACGCUAGCUCGGAGGGCUAUGGAGCCAUUUUAAUGCACAGGGUCGAAGGUACAAAUCGAGUAGUGGAGUAUUACAGCAAAAGAACUAGCUCUGCGGAAUCUAGGUAUCAUUCCUACGAAUUGGAAACGUUAGGAGUUGUAAACGCCGUCAAGCACUUCCGUCAUUACUUACACGGUCGAGAAUUUCUUGUUGUCACCGAUUGCAACUCCCUGAAAGCAUCCAGUAAUAAGGUACACUUGAACGACAGGGUUUACAGAUGGUGGGCUUACCUGCAAACUUUUACCUUUGACAUUAUGUACCGGGAAGGUAAACGAAUGGCCCACAUAGAUUUCUUUUCGCGAAAUCCCGUAGACUUGGAUCGCAGCAUGUUCAGCAAAAUUGUAGAGAAAGAAAUUAACCUAACCGAAGUCUCCGACGAUUGGCUACUAGCGGAACAACGUCGCGACCCACAAAUUUCUGAGAUCGUCGAUAAAUUACAGAACGAAGAGCUCGCGGAAGACGUCGCGAAUACGUAUGAGUUACGGCCCGGCACCCUUCAUCGUAAAAUACAGAGAAAAGGUAGAACACUCUGCCUGCCCAUCGUUCCGAGAGGGUUUAGGUGGUCUGUUAUUAACUAUGUGCACCAGUCCACUAUGCACUUAGGUUGGGAUAAAACGCAUGAGAAACUGUACGAGUAUUACUGGUUCGAAGGAAUGGCGAAAACGUCUUGCACGCACGCUUGUCGGCAACCGACUAUCCUAGAUUCUUCUAACAUUUGGCAACAGUCUUUCGUCUCCACUAAGACCUUGACGCCCUCUGACCCUUACACACACACUCUCAUGUUCAGUGUAAAUGUAUCACUUCCCUAA